AAUAAUCCACUUUUAAACAUGGCAGAAGCAAGACGUUUACCAGUAUUAAAAUUAAUGACACCUGCUUUAGCAAAAUUUCAGCCUUACAUAGGUCAAGAACUAUUUGAUGAAUACUUGGAUAAGGUUAUUCAGUCAUGGGCAUAUCUUGAAGGACAUAUAUUAGUUCUUGAGAAUGCAAAUGCAGGGAAUUUUAACGAUGCAGUCAAGUGUAAUAUUUUAAAAUCUAUGAUGGGUGAAAAAUAUGCUCCAGUACCAGCAAAUAAUGGUCUUGUAGUGAGAAAUCUGGCUAUAAAUUCUCCAGAUACAUACGAGAUUGUAGCAGACAAUGAUGCACAAGUUUUAGGAUUCCUAAAAAGCCAUUUGACAGAUGAUUUUUAUACUUGGAUGAGAAUUGCUAAUCCAUGCGCACCAAAUUUGAAUGGUCAAGUUUCUCAACAAUCUUCCUAUAACACCAAAAUAAUAGAAGCUCCUAUAAUUCUACAAUCAGUAUUUCCUAUACCUGAUACACAAAAAAUGAUUGAUAAGGCAUUAGCGAAACAAAAAUCCAAUUAUGAUGCUGAGAUAGAAAAAUUGAGAAAGAAAGUUCAAUUCUCAAAAGCACAGAAAACACAGACACCAGUUUCACAAACCGUUGAACUG